GGUGGGGCCCCUUGAGCAUCGAUGCCAUGGGAACCCUGAAAAUGUACAAGCCAAGGUGUCGGUGGCCACAGAUAAGUUAGCCGGAGUAUAAAAUUCUUGAGGAAGAAGAAGAAGACGAUGAAAGCCAGCCAGCGAGAGAGGAGUAGAGCAGGGUUAGUAGUUUGACGGGUGAUGGGAGAAUCGAGCGGCUCUGUUUCCAUUGACGUGGAAAGAAUCUCGUUCGGCGGCAAGGAACACAUUGUACAAACUGGCUGUGGUACGGUUUCGGUGGCAGUGUUUGGUGAUCAAGAAAAGCCUGCGCUUGUAACCUAUCCUGAUGUUGCGUUAAACUAUAUGUCAUGCUUUCAAGGAUUAAUUUUCUGCCCAGAAGCUUCAUCUUUGCUUCUGCACAAUUUUUGUAUGUAUCAUAUCAGUCCUCCUGGACAUGAGUUGGGAGCUGGACCUAUUUCUUCAGAUGUGCCAGUGCCUUCUGUUGAUGACUUGGCAGAUCAGGUUGCAGAAGUUCUCGAUUUCUUUGGGUUAAAAGCUGUGAUGUGCAUGGGUGUCACUGCUGGUGCUUACAUCCUUACCCUUUUCGCUUCCAGCUUAUUGCAGUCAAAAUAUCCAGACCGAGUUGUAGGUUUGAUUCUUGUUGCACCAUUAUGUAAAACGCCCUCUUGGGCCCAAUGGCUGUACACCAAGGUGAUGUCAAAUUUGCUUUAUUUCUAUGGGAUGUGUGGACUUGCAAAAGAAUUCUUGCUUCAGAGAUACUUCAGUAAGGAAGUUCGUGGCAGCGCACAAUUCCCUGAGUCAGAUAUAGUCCAAGCCUGCAGAAGCCUGCUAGAUGAAAGGCAGGCCAUCAAUGUGUGGAGGUUUCUUGAAUCAAUGAAUGGGAGACAUGACUUGACUAAGGAUUUGAAGAACAUACAAUGCAAGACAUUGAUAUUUGUUGGUGAUAGCUCUCCCUUCCACUCCGAUGCUAUCCACAUGUCCUCCAAGCUUGACAGGAGAUACAGCGCCCUUGUUGAGGUCCAGGAGUGCGGGUCAGUGGUGACAGAGGAGCAACCACAUGCGAUGCUGAUUCCUUUGGAGUAUUUCUUCAUGGGUUACGGUCUUUACAGGCCCUGCCAUCUAAGUUCGAGCCCCCGCAGCCCUCUCUGCUCUUCCUGCAUCUCUCCGGAGAUGCUCUCUCCUGAGAGCAUGGGUGUUAAACUGAGGCCUAUCAAAACCAGAUUGCUUUGAAAUCUUCAUGUGCUGGGUAGGUAACGUGUAGCAUCCUAGAAUUGUCUUUAUUUGAUGCUUCUAUUUGUUUGGUGGGGUGUAGAUAUAUACAUACCAAUAUAUUUUCAAAUUUCAGUUUUUUUUUGCUCAAUUUUUAAUUCGUUUGUAGACAUUGAUAGCUCUUCCAUUAUUAAAAAAGCUCAAUAUUUUUUUUGCUCUUGUUUUUUUUUUUGGUCAUA